AGAUAUAUUUCCGGAAAAAAAUGGAUAAACUAGAACUGGAAGAUGUGUUGAGAGAAGAAGGAAGAAUUGAUAAGAGGGUAGAAGAUUAUCUUUCUUCCCUGCACCUAAUCAAUCAGAGUGAACCUAGAACAUGGAGUCAAAUAUUUUAUGAUAAAAUACAAAAACACUCAGAUCCCAGGGUUGAUAAUUGGUUGAUGAUGGACUCACCAGUGUAUACUCUAGUUCUAUCAUCUCUAUAUCUCAUUUUUAUUCUGCUAAUUGGACCAGCUUAUAUGAAACACAGAUCUGCCUACACCCUGAAAUAUCCAAUGAUUGUUUACAAUUUGGCGCAAACACUUUUUAAUGCAUGGGUACUUAAAGAGGGGUUAAAGCUGUGGUUUUCUGGUGAGUACAAUUGGAUUUGUCAACCUGUAGACUACUCAACCAGUAAACAGGGAAUGCUGGCAGUCAAUAUGGCAUGGUGGUUUUAUAUGUCAAAAUUCACUGAUUUCGUGGAUUCGUUCUUUUUUGUAUUACGUAAGAAAAAUAAUCAGCUGACUUUCCUCCACGUGGUGCACCACUCAUCUAUGCCAGUUUUCUCAUGGUUUGGUCCUAAGUUUGCUGGUGGUGGUCACACUUCCUUCGGUGGUACCUGGAACAUGCUUGUACAUGUUAUUAUGUACUUCUACUACUUCCUUGCAGCCGCAGGGGUCAAGCGUGAGUUGCUCUGGUGGAAGAAGUAUUUGACCGGACUACAAAUGGUUCAAUUUGUUGCUGUAAUCCUUCACGCCAUGUUUCCUCUUGUACUCUCAGACUGCAAUUAUCCUAAGGAAAUGUCUUUCAUCAUUAUAUUUAACGGUGCUCUGUAUUUUGUAUUAUUCUGGAAAUUCUACAAGAAAUCCUACAGCAUCACUCCUUCAAAACCUGCCAAUAAACAGGAGUAGUUUCCGUCUUUUCAGUUUUUUAACAUUACUGACCUCUGUUGUUAACUAAACUCAACCUUGGGUUGGGACACUUGUAAAAUGGCAUUCCGUUCGGACACUUGUAAAAUGACAUUCCGUUCGGACACUUGUAAAAUGACAUUCCGUUCGGACAUUUGUAAAAUGACAUUCCGCUCGGACACUUGUGAAAUGACAUUCCGCUUCGGACACUUGUAAAAUGACAUUCCGUUCGGACACUUGUAAAAUGACAUUCCGUUCGGACAUUUGUAAAAUGACAUUCCGUUCGGACAUUUGUAAAAUGACAUUCCGCUCGGACACUUGUGAAAUGACAUUCCGCUCGAACACUUGUAAAAUGGCAUUCCGUUCGGACAUUUGUAAAAUGACAUUCCGCUCGGACACUUGUAAAAUGACAUUCCGCUCGGACACUUGUAAAAUGACAUUCCGUUCAGACACUUGUAAAAUGACAUUCCGUUCGGACACUUGUAAAAUGACAUUCCGUUCAGACACUUGUAAAAUGACAUUCCGUUAGGACACUUGUAAAAUGACAUUACGUUCGGACACUUGUAAAAUGACAUUCAGUUCGGACACUUGUAAAAUGACAUUCCGUUCGGACAUUUGUAAAAUGACAUUCCGCUCGGACAUUUUAAUCAUACAGACGUAAAACUGUGUAAUGUGUAGGCAACUACUUUUCAAGAAUUUAAAUUUCUACUUUUCCCUCGACUUGGGAACCCUUGGUAAAUUAAAAUCUGCAGGACUUCGAGUCAAUUUUCAAACAUUAUUCGGUUAAUUAUUUUUUCUUUUGUUCGUGUAAUUUUCGUAUGUUUUUUUUCGCGAAAAUGUUGUCUUUUUUGCGGAAUUUUCACAAUUCUUUCGUAAAAUUUUUUUUUACUCAAAAUGUUCGCAUUCUUUUUUUCGCGAAACAGAAUAAAGAAAAAUAUUGUAUAUUUUCAUGAUAGCAGAUUAGAUUAUUAUACUUACGUGUGAAUUGUUCCAAGUAAAUUUGUUCUUUACGUUACUUUUUAUUGAAAAUAUUUCUAUUUUAUUUAA